AUGGGAUUGGCAGAGGUCUUGGCUGAUUCCAGGGCCAAGGCUUCCACAGAAGAAAUCGACAAGCUCAUCAGCAAAUGUCCUGCUGUGCCAAUGGAUAACACAACCACCGAGAUCUUGACCAGACAUGAAGCCCCUGGAUUGGGUGUCAUGACUCGUCGAAGCCAACAAACCUUGGCUGCUCUUGUCAAAUACGCUGUGAAAGCAAACCAAGAAAGACAGUUGGAACUACUGCCUCGAUUGUUAGCUUAUGUUCGGCACUUGCCUGCAUUUCAAUGGGAACCUGUGAGUUUAACUGGCCUUCCGCCUUCCGAUGCCAUCACCUACACUUUGUUUGCUGGCUUAUUGGAGAUUGGUGAUAGGUGCCCUGAGCAAUACGAGGAAAUUAUUCAGACAUUGUGGAAAUACGCUGAGUGUAUUAUUCAGCUCAUGUCAGAGAAUGUCGAAUUCACCGUGACAUUCAUCUUGCCUUCAUUGGCAGGUCUUUCAAGAGCACUACAACUUUCGCCCUACCUCUACAGACCCAAUCAACUACUGGCACUCUGUCAAAACACACAGCCCUUGAUUCGAGAUGAUACAUUGGACCUAAUUCGAAUUUCCAUCACCAGCUGCCUUCGAGAUGCAGAAGGCACUGCUUACAGCCGUCGUGUGCUCGCUCGUUAUUGGGAGGAUGGAACACCAUUGAGUAGCAACCGGGUGAUUCAUGACCUGUUGAUUGUCUUUAGAAAUGUGUUGGCUCGGGUCCUUAUUCAUAUGAAGCCCACAAAAGACACAGUGACGCCUUUGGUGGUCCCUAGAGAGAGAUUCUCCAAACUGUACUUGCCGCAAGACAUUGAAGAGAUCUGGUCUCAAUUGAUGCAACAACCCGUUCAUAUCGAAGCAGAAGCACAAUUGAGCAAGAGCUUGAAGCACGUCUAUUUGAUGAGCUUGGGGUAUUUUGAGGAUAUUCACAAGUACGCUGAAAAGAGCAUUCAAGAGGGUAGAAAAUGGGCUCCGGACGCCUACAUGCAAGAGAUUAUGGGUACCAGUUUGCAUGUCUCUUCGUUGGCCUCCGUCUAUCUCAAUCAAGUAGAUGAUUCUCUCAUUGAUCAUGUUACGGAAUGUUUGUUUGAUGUGCCACACGUAGCCGAUUCUUGGGUCCACAUUGCUUCUUUGGAUGCUGCUGUGCUACUCGCAAUCAACUUCUCAAGAUUGAACCAUCCAAUGACAAACACCAUAUGCAGAUUCUUGGCUACGCCUUCGCCUGUAUUUGAUCUCCAAACUGAAAAGCGAAAGGAAUCUGUCAGUGUACAGCAGUUUGCUAUUAUUCGAUUGGCUCAAUGUGUCCAAAUAAAACCUGAUGCUCAAGUCGCUCAAGCUGCCAUCUCUACCGUCUAUGCUCUUUUGAAUGAAAUCACUCGCUACACUAGUGCUGAAUCUGGAUCUGUGGAUAAGAUGUCCUUCAACGGCAGCGCCAUUGCUGGUGCGCCUGCAUUGGAACAGCUUAAUGAAAAGCAAAAGCAGCAAGUGUGUGCUAAUGUGCUCUCUGCCAUUGUAGGUGUUGCCGUCUACUUGAAGGAUGAUAAUAUCAUCUCUCAAGCUUUCUCCAUGCUCGCUCUUCGUCGCAAGACACUAUCGCCUGCAGCGACUGCUUCGUUGACCAUGCGAUUAGUGGACCUUGCUCUUGUCAGCUCCAAAGAGACCUACUGUGAGAUUAUCAACUUGCUUGCUACCUUGAGUAAAGAGUCUAUUUACAGUGAAAACAAUCUACUCAACACUUCGAUUCUGGCUGCUCAAUUAAGCUUAGCAAAACGCCUAACAGAUCGCCCCGAGUACUACCAACUCUAUCUCAACAGCUUGCUCAACUUGUUCAUUGAAAGUGGCAAUUCCAUUCAACGCACCAUGACAAAGCACAAGAAGGAGAACGAAUACCCCUUGGCCCAGAAGCUCGGCCAUUUGUUACCCGUCAUCAGUGCCCUUUUAGAGCACUCAGACUUCAAUCCACACCUACACCCCAGCGAAGAAACGGUUUCCUUGUUUAGAAACAUGUGGUUCCAUUGCGUGCUCUUUGGCUUUGUUACUGAAUCCAUGUGGAUCCGCGAAUGGCACCCUGCUAUGCUACAAAUCGCUAAAAAGACGCCCGUCUUGGUGAUUGAAAGCACUACCAACUACCUGGAAAGCGAUUUAGAGCAUAAUUCUGUCUUGCGUGCCAGCAACGACCAUGGCUUGCUGCAAAUGCGCCAGAAGCUGACCAAUUUUUUGCCUAGUUUGGCGUACGAUAUCAAGAACUUUUCUUUUGCGCAGGUCAUUUUUGCAUUGAGUGUCUAUCAUGUGGAGAUGAUGCGAAGUCGUAUGGGCGACUGCUCUUACAUGUUGCGUUAUUUUAUGAACGAUGGUGUCAAUACAAGCGCUUUGAUCAACUGCCUCGAGACCAUCUUUGAGCGUGUGUCUCAUGCUUUUGUUAAGGAUGCUUCUGUCAAGGCGCUCAGUCAAAACUUGGACGAACAGCUGAGAAGCCAGACAGCCGCUCUUUUGGAGUUGUGCUGUCAUAAACGAAAGAAGGUCCAUUUGAUGGCUAUCAAAACGGUGGAACGCAUUGUCGCUUCCUUUGGUCAAGUAUUCACUGAUGGAUCCUUGGUCACGUUGCUGUUGGAGUUGGUACAACUGACCUGGCUGGCUUGUGAGGCUGAAUACCGUGAUGAGUACUCUCCUGUGUUCCAUUUCACCUCUGCUCGCGUGGGCGUCACUGUUGAAUUGGGCGAUUCAUACGUGUAUCGUAGAGAAGUAUGCACUCACAUCUAUGACAAUGCUCGUAAAUGGCUUCAAGUUGCCCUUGUAAGAGCACCCAUUGAAGUCUCUGGAUUGCUGCAAGACUACCUCGCCGAAUUCAGUCGAUUCUCCAAUGACGGUUUGACGGAUGUUGUACACAUGGGCCGUUCUUUGGCUCUUGAAAUGGGUAAAACCACUUCCAAGAGCGAGCUUUCCAUUGACUUUGUACCCAAGGUGCCUUCCUUAUUCCCUGAUGAAUCAUCCAACUUUAUCGGCAGCUUCAGAUCAAGACAGUUCUACUCAGGUGAGAUCAGUGGUAUCGAAUACUUGAUUGGACUUCGUGCUCGUGCUGCAGAGUCCGAGUCAGGCAACGAACUGUCAGAUCAAAUCCCCUUCGUCGUUGAAGCACUUGCCAGUCUCACUCAAGACAUCACGGAUCGCAAGACUGUGCCUGUGGAUCGUCUCUAUAGAGUGAUGCAUCGAUCUGCUGGUUAUGCCAUUGCCUUGCCCAAAGUGAAUGCAGACAUCAUCAGACAUUUGGUGCAUAUUCCUGUGCUCAUGUUUACGCCAGAGUCCAUGGACAUUGGUACCACUGUUUGGAAUUGGAUGCUGGUAGAAAGACCUGAAGUAGAGAACAAGUUGAUGAUUGAAAUGAUGAGCAUGUGGGGCUGGGCUCAACGUCAUCGCAAGGGCUUAUUUUCUCCUCUCCUCAAUGUCAAGCAUCCAUUUGUCAGCAAAAUGACUUACUCUCCGUCUGAUAAGGCUGUCCGUGAUAGCAACCAUCGCAUUGCCACCUUCUUAUUCACACCUCACAUUAGCUGGAUCAAGUUCUUGAGCAGCCGUUUCUACGCUAUCCGCCAUCGAAGCAAGCACCUUGUCAACAUGUUUAUUCGUCUGUUGCAAGACUCCUUCCAGAAUGCCAACUUGAUGAGCACACACUCGCUUGCUCGCUACGCGCGUUUCUCUCUGCUGCGCUUGGGUUUGAAGGUUCUGCAGUCCACGCGCUUGGAAGCACUGGCUGAAUACAAAUUGCGUUCGUUGGUCUAUGAUGCUGCCUUUGAUUGGUUUAGUCAGAAUCCCAAGUGGCAUUACGGCGCAAGAAAGAGCUUGGCCUUGAUGGAGCACAAGAUGAUGACUGACUUCUAUAAUGCCGUCGUCAAUGAUAGCCCUUCGUUGAGUUAUUUGGUUACUUGCAGUUCCAUCAAGAGUGCCAAUCCCAAGAUCACUGCUGGCCAUUAUAUGUUCCUAAAGGACAAAACCAAGGAUGAUGUGAUGAAGCACCACACAUAUGCACAUAAACUGUUGCUGUUGUUUAUCGAGAGUGAGUUGACCAAGCUCUCUGUGUGGUGUAAUCCUUUGAACACAACUGGAUCAGGUAACCCUGUCAUCUUUAGUGGUAGUACUGAGCGCUCCAUGGUGACUGAAGAGUCCUGGAAAGAAAUUGUUCGAUUUGCAUGGACCUUAUCGCCCAAAUUAGCAGUACAAAUGGACACUCGCUUUGUUCAACCUAUUGUCAGAAAGGAAUUGCACAGACUGAUUGCCAACAACUCGCUGGAUGUUGUGGACGUACCUGAAGCACUUGUCAUCUUGCUGGGUGAUGGUGUCUCGUCUUCAGCCAAAUUGGACCUCAAAUACCUGCAGUACUGGGCUCCUGUGCCUGCCAUCACUGCUGCCAGUUACUUUUUGCCUGCUUACGGCAACCAUCCCCUCAUCUUACAAUAUGCUAUGCGUAGUCUCGAGUACCACCCCAUUGACACAGUCUUCUUUUACGUACCUCAGAUUGUACAAGCACUGCGUUAUGACGCUUUGGGCUAUGUGGAGAAAUACAUUCUGCAAGCUGCUGCCACAUCUCAGCUGUUUGCUCAUCAAAUCAUCUGGAACAUGAAGGCCAACUUCUUUGUGGACGCUGAUAAGGAUUGCAUCAAGCCUGACACACUGAAGCCCACGUUGGAGAAGAUUAUCGAGACCAUGGUGGCUUCGUUCACGGGUGAGGAUCGUGCCUUUUAUGAGAGAGAGUUCAAGUUCUUUGGUGAAGUUACUGCUAUCUCUGGGUAUCUGAAAGAGUACAUUAAGCAUGGCCAGAAUGAAAAGAAACCUCUUCAAAAGAAACGUCUUGACGAAGAGCUCGCCAAGAUCAAGGUCGAUGUGGGCGUCUAUCUUCCUAGUAACCCAGAUGGUCAUGUCGUGGAUAUCAACCGUACCUCUGGUCGUCCUCUUCAGAGUCAUGCCAAGGCGCCUUUCAUGGCUACUUUCUUGAUUGAGAAAGAAGAGGAAGAUUUGAACCAGAUCAGCAGCGCACUCAUCAAGGCAUCUGACGACAUUGAAAUCCGCAAGCGCACUACUCAAAUCUGGCAAGGUGCCAUCUUCAAGGUCGGUGAUGAUUGUCGUCAAGAUGUAUUGGCUUUGCAGUUGAUUGCUGUCUUCAAGAACAUCUUUACCAGCAUUGGUCUUGAUCUCUACGUCAAUCCGUAUCGUGUGGUGGCUACUGCACCUGGUCGCGGUGUCAUUGAUGUCAUUCCACGCUCGAUUUCCAGAGAUCAAUUGGGUCGUGAAAAGGUCAACAGUCUUUACGACUACUUUGUCGCCAAGUACGGAGGCCCUGAAUCCAUCCAUUUCCAACGUGCUCGUAUCAACUUUGUUCAAAGUGUGGCAGCUUACUCGGUCAUUUCUUACUUGCUCCAAAUCAAGGAUCGUCAUAACGGUAACAUCAUGUUGGACGAUGAUGGCCAUAUCAUUCACAUUGAUUUUGGCUUCAUCUUUGAUAUCGCACCUGGAGGUAUUGGAUUUGAAAGCUCGCCCUUCAAAUUAACUGCUGAAAUGAUCCAGGUGAUGGGUGGCGGAUCAGAGGAGCAGGCCUUCAAGCAGUUUUCUGAGCUUGUGAUCAAGGCUUAUUUGGCUUCUCGUCCUUAUGCAGAGCUGAUCAUGCAAUUGGUGUCUUUGAUGUUGCAGUCUGGUUUACCUUGCUUCAAGGGAGAAACCAUCAAGAGAAUGCGUACACGUUUCCAACUUGAUAAGACGGAUCGUGCUGCUGCUGACUUCAUGUUGAUGCGUAUCAAGGAUUCGUUUGCCAAUCAACGUACAGUGCUGUAUGAUUACUUCCAGAAAUUAACAAAUGGUAUUCCCUACUAA